AUGUCUAUUGUUCUAGAACAAUCUUUGAGAGUGGAAUAUUCCCGCUACAGAGCAUCACUUACAGGAUUAGGCACAAACAUCCGCUCUGGUUUGAUCCUUAAAUUUUCACACACCGUCUGCGGAAGGAUCUUAUUUAUAGAAACCUCACGAACAACGAGUUCCACUGUCUAUAAGAUUCGGCCUGUAUGCCAUUCACCCCUUACAGCCCGAGUUACUUUUUUAUCGGCCAUUGCACUAAAUGACCCGGUGAAGAUGUCAACGCUGGGACAGAACUGGGUGACGCCCUCGGAUUUUUCCAAGCCCGACCUCGUCAUCUUCACCUACACCAACGAGUCGUCGAUCUUCUCGUCCAACAACUCGUUGUCGCCGUGGUACAACGACUCCUCCACCAGCUCCCCCGACUCGUCCCCCUGGUGGUGGUGGUGGUCGCACUACCCCAGCGGCUACUCCUGGCCGCACAUCAUCUUCGGCGCCUUCAUCGUCACCAUCAUCAUCUUGAUGAUCAUCAUCGGAAACUUUCUCGUCAUCUGGGCCAUUCUACACGACAGGACUCUGAAAACGACCCAGAACCUUUUCAUAAUGUCGCUGGCGUUCGCGGACUUUUUCCUCGGGUUGAUUGUGAUUCCGUUUUCUUUAACGAACGAGCUAAUCGGGUACUGGAUCUUCGGCGUGAUUUGGUGCGAGCUGUACAAAGCGAUUGACGUCCUGCUGUGUACGGCGUCCAUCAUGUCCCUGUGUUUGAUCUCCCUGGACAGGUACUGGUCCAUCACCAGAGCUGUCCACUACGCCCGUCAGAGAACACGAAAACGUGCCGCCAUCAUGAUCUUCACGGUGUGGUUUAUUUCCGCUGUCGUCAGCAUCCCGCCGCUGAUUGGCUGGAAGCAGCCGACACGUGAGUCCAAGUGGGCCAUGUGCGCGCUGAGCGAGGACAUCGGCUACGUCGUGUACUCGGCGUUUGGUUCCUUCUUCAUCCCAGCGUUCAUCAUGGUGUUUGUCUACUUCAAGAUCUACCAGGCAGCCAAACAGCGAGCUAGGAAAAACGUCACCAAGGUCCCAACAACAGCGACAUCAGCGGACAAACACGACCAGAAACACUCAACGGAGUCUAGCGUGACAGAACACGCCGGGCAUAAGGAGUGCUCACAAGACAUUGACGAGGAUAAUAUGAGCAUCCCACCGGACGUGCAUGAAGCUGGGGGUCACACGACGGAAGAAACCGCCUGUGACACGGCCGGGGAAAGCGUGCUACCCACCACAUCUGAAGACGAGGCGAGCAUUCAGGUGAGGCGUGCGCGUGAGUUGGCGACCAGAGCCGCGCAUGAAGCUGAGUACUCACACUUGUUGUCCACAGACUCAGACUCGAACGAGCCUGGAACUCGAGUCGUGAUCAAAGUAGACAAUGGUAAACCCGGGUUCGAAUCCAUUCCGGCGCGGGACACAGACGCAGUGAGCCAUAAAACUGUUGUGAUUUCAUGCACGGACGAAACGCAUACCGUGAAGGACGAGCACACUAACGGAUCGCUGCGCCGUUUCAAAAUUUUAGAACUUCGCGCCAACGGUAGCUCGGCCGUUGCCAGCGAUGGUUCCACGGAUGUCCAGAAACGAACAGUUCUGGAAUCUUUACGCAGACGUCUACUGGUCAGAACCAGAAACAGUCGGAAAAAGAAACCGGCGACAACUCGCUCAGAGGGCGGGAACAAAGCCACGGAUUUCCAGAGUGCCGAAAGACAGAAGAGAAAAUUAGCCAAGGCUCGAGAAAGAAGAGCUACCGUCGUUCUUGGGCUUGUCAUGGCUGCCUUCAUCUUGUGCUGGCUGCCCUUUUUUGCCCUUUACUUAUCGUCAGCGUUCUGCGCUGAGUGCAUUCCCCCCAUGGUAUUCACUGUAUUCUUCUGGAUUGGCUACUGCAAUUCGGCGCUCAAUCCAAUCAUCUACACGAUAUUCAAUAGGGACUUUAAGAGAGCCUUCCAGAAAAUUUUGUUUGGGAGAAAACGAAGUCGGCGUUGAAAAAGUUAAAAAAUUUUAAGAAACUUUUAAAAUAAAUUUCAAAUGUACACAAUUCUGUAUACUC